AUGCGUUUCUCCGUCGCCUACCUCCUUCCCGCUCUCGCCGUCGCUAGCCCCUUGGGUGUUGUUCAGCCCUCUCCCGAUGGCUGGGCUGAUGGCCCGGAUCCCAAGCAGAUUCAGAUCAGCAGCGCCACCUUCUCUGGCAACGGCUGCCCGCAAGGCACCGUGUCGACCAGCAUCUCUCCGGACAAGACGGUCAUCACCUUUGGCUUCGAUAGAUUCCAGGUCUACAUCGGCACCGGGUACAACCCGACAGAGAAGACCAAGAACUGCCAGCUUCACUUGAACCUCAAGUACCCCGGUGGCUUCCAGUUCUCCGUUCUCGAGAGCACGUACCACGGCUAUGCCCUCCUCGAGCCCGGCGUGACCGGCACCUUCUUCAGCACCUACUACUUCAGCCAGGCGCCUUCGGACACCACCACGACGCAGACCACCAUCAGCGGUGGCGGCAUCUGGUCCCAGGGCCAGGUGUACACCAAGACCGACAAGGUCCCGACUGCCAGCUACAUCUACUCGCCAUGCGGCUCCAACGGCAUUCUCAACGUCAACAACCGCAUCGCGCUCACCAGCUCCAACUCCAGCGCCAUUGGCGAGAUCACCGAUGACGAUGCCACCGUCGCUUUCACUCAGCAGAUCAACCUCAUGUGGAAGCCGUGCACCAAGAAGUAA